AUCUUUUAUCCUGUAGGAGUAAUAUUAAAAAAAAUGAAUAUGUGAAUUUGAAUCGUUGAUCUCUCUUUUCUGGACACGUUUUCUAUUCUGUAUGGGUACUAUCCCUCGAAAAAUAAGAUCCCGUCGCUUCCCUUCCCUUCCAUGAUCAUCCUUCCUGCCUAAACUUCACGCCCAAAUCCACACUCUUACCCACUUCAAGAACUUCAAGAAUCUCGAUAUUAACCACUUAAUUUGCUCAAGGACGAUCUGUAUUUGAACUGUCAAGGUUGCUGGGGCUGUCAAAGAUAACUUAUGGUUUUCUCAAGCAAGUGUAACAGAAAGUCACAGAAUGGCAAUGAGUCGAGGAUUCAGUUCAGAUACUUCGGCCCCUAGUUAUUGGCUGCGUUGCAUAACUGAUUUGGGAUCCAUGAUGCCCACUGAAAUUUAAAAGAAGCCAAUUGACACUUCUACCACUUACAUGGGAGCUAGUUAGUACGUGCCUAUGUGGUCAUGACUGAAGACCAAUGUAUUUAAAUAUUGUAGGGCCAACAUAAAAGCGGCUUAAUGGCUCAGGAUACUGUGCCGAAUAUGGAAUCACCUAGACGGCGGUCUGGCCUACUAAGGGAUCAAGUCCAGUUGGUUAAGAGAAAGGACUCUGAUCGUUAUGAGAUUGUUCCUAUCCAAGAUGCUCUUUCGUUUGAGAAGGGUUUCUUCGUAGUAAUCCGUGCAUGCAAAUUGUUGGCUCAAAAGAAUGAGGGGAUAAUUAUAGUUGGAGUUGCGGGCCCCUCUGGGGCUGGGAAGACUGUAUUUACAGAGAAGUUGUUAAACUUUAUGCCCAGCAUUGCUGUCAUAACAAUGGACAACUACAAUGAUUCAAGCCGUAUUAUUGAUGGCAACUUUGAUGACCCGCGAUUGACAGAUUAUGACACAUUGCUUGAGAAUAUCCAUGGGUUAAAAGAAGGGAAGGCUGUUCAGGUUCCUAUAUAUGAUUUUAAGUCUAGCUCUCGGAUUGGUUACAGGACAAUCCAAGUCCCUAGCUCCUGUAUUGUGAUUAUUGAAGGCAUAUAUGCCUUGAGUGAAAGAUUACGUCCUUUGCUGGAUCUUCGUGUCUCUGUUACUGGUGGAGUACACUUUGACCUAGUCAAACGGGUUUUGAGGGACACUCAACGUGCUGGACAAGAGCCUGAAGAAAUAAUACAUCAAAUAUCUGAAACGGUAUAUCCUAUGUACAAGGCUUUUAUAGAGCCAGAUCUCCAGACUGCACACGUAAAAAUCAUCAACAAAUUUAAUCCGUUCAGUGGAUUUCAGAAUCCCACUUAUAUUUUAAAGUCGACAAGGGCCGUUAGUGUGGAGCAAAUCAAGGCCGUUCUUUUGGAGGAGCACAAGGAAACCACAGAGGAAGCUUAUGAUAUAUAUCUCCUGCCACCAGGCAGCUCCUUCAGGCAUCUUGGGCCUCUUAUAUUCACCCUUAUUGAUGCCACGUGGUGCUCCUUCAUUGUGAUGCCAAUUUGGGGUGUAAACAGAUUGGAAUGGGUUACGGACAGUCCAUUCAUCAUAUCACCAAGAAUCACUUUUGAAGUCAGCGUGCGCCUUCUUGGUGGACUGAUGGCUUUAGGAUAUACAAUUGCUGCCAUUUUGAAAAGAUACAGCCAUAUCUUCCCUGAUGAUCGAGUAUGUGUGAAAAUUGAUUGGCUAGAACAACUUAACCGGAAGUACGUUCAGGUGCAAGGAAGGGACCGCAUGUAUGUCAAAUUUAUUGCGGAGCAGCUGGGUUUAGAUGGCUCGUAUAUUGCUCACACAUAUAUUGAACAAAUUCAACGGGAGAAGCUUGUUAAUGAUGUUAUGGCAUUGCCAGAUGAUCUGAAGACAAAGUUGAGCAUAGAUGAUGAUUUGGUUUCAAGCCCCAGAGAAGCUCUCUCCAGAGCUUCUGCAGAUUGCAGAAUGAAGUAUCUCAAACGCAGUAUAUCACACUCAUAUUCAACCCAAAGAGACAAGAAUCUGUCCAAGUUGACAAAGCUUGCUGUUAAUACAAGAAGAUACGAUGGAAGAACCCCAGAUUCACCAGCAACAUCAGUUGCUAACCAGGGAAUCAUUACCCAACUCUCAGAACAAAUUUCAACCCUGAAUGAGAGGAUGGAUGAUUUUACAUCACGUAUCGAAGAACUAAAUUCAAAGUUAUCCGUUAGGAAAGUUUCUGCUAGCCAACAAAAUUUGGCUUUGCAGGCUGAAGCCUGCAAUAGCUACGCACCAACUUCUCUUUUCAUGGCCGGCUUAAACAAUGCUUCAUUGACUGGUUCGAUGAUACCCAAUUCAGCAUCUUCUUCCCAAUUAGCAAAGGAGUCCCCACUCAUGGAAGAAGUGUUACUUAUCGCACGUGGUCAACGUCAGAUCAUGCAUCAGAUAGACAAUCUGAGCAAUCUUUUAAAUGAGUACCAACGAGAGAGGUCUCAUGAGGGAAGAACAGAUGUGACAAGCAGAACAAUAGAUGUUGAGUCCAUUGGAGUUUCUAUAAUUCUAACUUUGGCUAUUGGUGGCCUGGGCAUCUUUUUGUUCCGGUCCCUCUCCUCACAAAAGUGAUUUCCCACUUAGAAAUCUCAUUUUGCUCCUCUGAAAUAUGUAUAUAUUGCAGUCGUGCUGCUGCUGCUGCGGGCCUGCAGCUGUUAUACUCAUGGUGCCAAUCCUUAUCCCCAGAGAGAGAGAGAGAGAGAGAGAGAGAGAGAGAGAUGUAAGCUUCCUGUAGAGACCCGCAAUUUCUUUUAAUAAAUUUAAAAUGUGUUAUGUGGAAUAAAAUGAAAGAAUUGGUGGAGGAUUUUGAUUUUGGGGCUAAAG